UGAAAAUGGAACGGUUAUUUUAAAUUGCCAGUGAGAUAUUUUAAUCAAAGGACACAACUGCGCAACUGGUUUAUUCAUCGAAGCUUUAUUUCGUUUUUGAGGUUAUGUUUACAAACAACUUGAAUUUUUCGUUUGAUUUUUAUUGAUUUGCAAUGGAUUCGGAUAAAAGUGACGACGAGGACCAUGACGCUAUCUCGAAACAAAUCGUUGACUAUUACAAGAAAUAUUCGCAAAAUAAGCACCUCCCCAAGUAUUUUUCUGGUACCUCUUUGUCGUACAUGCCCCCGAUUGUAAAAGACGAUGAAAUUGUGGCAACUGAGCCAAUUAUUGUGAUUGAGGAUACGAGCAGUGAGACUUUGAAGGAGCAAGAGCCCCCAGCUGACUUGGAGGAAGUUGCAGAACCUAAGCAGAAUUCUCCGACUAGCAGUAUCACCUCAAAUCGCAAACUCGAGUGGGACAAUGGGGCUGAUAUUGGUUACAGUAACUGUGACACCAGUAAUAAAUUGCAGAAAAGUUUGUCAUUGCCCGUUUUAUUAGAUGCCCCAGCUGGUGAAAUUAAGGAGAAAAAGGCGUCCAAACCGAACCUCCAGAGCCAAAUUGUGACGGUUAUUUCGUACUCGAGCCCGGAGGAUAAAAAAAGCAGGUCUUCAUCUUCCUCAUCACAAAACGCCCCACAAAACGUGCACUCUUCGUCGUCGUCUUCCUCAUAUCCACUCGAAAAGCCAAUUGAAUCAACGACAAGUUCAAGUGGGAACUUCAACCCGAAAGUUGCAAGUUCUAGCUCUAGUUCAUUUGCAAACUCAGUUGCCUAUUUGAAAAAUAAAAUUGGGUCUCCUGAUGCCGAGUCAACGCCUAAAAUAAACCUUGGGAAUGUCCUAACUGAGACACCUUUUGCCCCUAAAAAACCGGGCCCCAGGCACAAAAUAAUUAAUUUGUGUGUCACUAAACCAAUCUUGAUUCAAUGUAAUGACCACAAAAAGAAGGGCACUGAUAAAAUCAUUCAGACGAGUGUCUCCGAGGGGCUGUCUAAGUGUGUCCAGACGGGGGACAGUUUAGAAAUCGUUACUGACGACUCCAAAAACGUAAAUCAAAGUGUUAUUGUCGUAAAUUACGACAGUAAGACCUCCAGUGAGGGGGGCCUUGUGGCCUCGCAAUGCGACAGUUUCGAGUACUUAAAAAACGGCGAUUUUCUCAAGAGAAGUUGCCCAAAGUCGAACCUCGCCUCAAGCGAUUCUUCCAAAGAUCUUCCACUCAGUCAAUUAAUCACCGAGAAACAAUCCCAGAGUUUGAUCGCCGAUAUUGACAAAAGCAUCAAACUGCUCCAAAAACUGCUCAAAUCGAAGAAAUACGACCCUGCCACGAAAAAACGCUACAUUAAAAAAAUCGUCGAUAAAAUCGUUGAUUGUAAAUACGACGACAGUACGACCAGUUCCGAACUAUUUGUCCCGAAAAAACAGCAAAAACUGGACGAAAACAUCCCGUGGUUCCCGCCCCAGAUGUCCAAAUUUUCGGUAAAAACGUUCAGUGACGAGUUUCUGCCAAUUGAGGACCAAAAAUUUACGCUCAAUCAAAACUCGUCGAGUGGGGGCACUGGGGACAGCCUGGAGAAGCAGCCGAAUUCGUCUGGGAGUUACCACAGUUGGAAGGAGGAUAAAACCUUGUCUGAGCGACUCCACGAGGAGAAACAAAGGGGGCAAGGGGACCACCUUGUCAAAUUCGCGAUGAAAGAAAGACAACACCAACUGUCGUGGAUCAAAGACGAAAUCUCGCAUUUGACCAAACUUAAAGGCCUUUUGGAGAAAAAAGUGCAAAAAACUACAACAGUUUACAUGUUGUCGCACCGUUACGAUAAUGUUUGUCCCUGUUCGGACUCACAAGAGAGUACGAGUUCGAGGAAUUACGUGAUUCAGACCGAACUGUCUGCGAGUACUUCGUCCGAGGUUCCGAUUGAGUAUAAUAUUCGGGACAAGUUUGGGAAUAGGAAUUAUCAAGUGACGGAGUUGAUGGAAAAGCCGGAGGAGACCGAUUUGGCCAAGAGGGUUGUAGGGGAUAUUGAAGUGGAGUCAGAUGGGAAAUCUACGAAUAUUAAAGUGAAGACGAGGAAAGUUGACGAGGGGUUUAAACCGAAAGCUCCAAGUUUGGUGGGGACGGGGAAGUACGAGACGUAUCCGAGAAGUAAGGCUGAGGAGAGGAGGUGUUGGCCGUGUGGGGUUUUGAAAAAAGGGGACACGACUAGUUUGGAAGAAAAAGCAUCCGGGACCACAAAAGAAAUUUUGAUCGAAGUGCCACUCGAUCCUAGCAAAUCAUCUAGAGAUUCCGAAGAGUUCACCCAUAAGUGCACCUGCCGUUGCGAAUGCAUGGAAAUAGUAAAAAACAUUUACACCGAAAGCACCCAACGUACACGAAUCGUCGACACCAAAACCGAGGAUAAAAAAAAUUGCGCAACCACCUGUAAACCAUGCGUUAGAAUCAAAGAGUGCCAAACUCAAUCCGACUCUGAUUUACCGAAAACCGACUCUUCUGCCGUUAUCUACAAAAAAAUCAUCGACAUUCAAGUCCAAACCGACGACGCCAAGUCGCAAACAGACGCCGCAGUUAAGAGUCAGGACCAACAAGUCCAAACUAGCGAGUUUGAAAAAUACAACAUUGGCACUCAAUCGCAAUCGCGGACUAGCUAUUCGAAGACCACAAGUCCAGAAUCGGCUUCCGUUUCCUCAACUUCUGAGAGCUCGUCCAGUCGGAGUACGAGUGCGUCGAUGCAGUCGUGCGUUUGCUGUAAACGUAAGAACGUGAAAGCGAAAAAUUUGUUCGAAUUGAGGAAGAAAUUGAGCGAUCAGGCGUAUUCUCUCUGUCGGCCUUGCUAUCGAGAGAAUCGACGAGCGGCCUAUUCGCCAAAUUACUACACCAGUCCUGGACACGUCUGUAAUUGUUACACAGUUGUUCAAACUAAAACAUUGGACGCAAUCAAGAAAACUAUAAACGAUAUCAACGAACUGGACGAGUUUUGCACGUGUGCGAAAAACAGCGAUCGGAAAAAGUCGGACUACUGCAAGUAUUGUCAAUGCAAGCUGAAAAAAACGUCCAAGAAUAAAAAUGGCAUUGCCUACGUGUUGACUUUUGAUGAAACUCUAAUUCGGGAGGAGCAAAAGAAAAGAAAACAUAAGAAAAAACAGUCUUUGGAAGAAAUCAAAAUAAAGAUUCCCGUGCCGUACAAAAAAAAACACAAAGACAAGGAAAAUAAAAGGAAAAAGGCCAGUAAAGAGCAUGAGAGUGACGCGAGCACUAGUGAGAGUCAGAAUCCCGGUUAUACGUUAAAUGAGUAUUUGCGGCAAAAUCGCCCCGAUUUUGUCGAAGGUGCGGAAGGGAGGAGAAAAACAGUUAAUCACUCGAGAGUGCAACGGGAGCAAAUGUCAGAUUAUAAUAAGUUGUUGUUUUUGAAGAAGUGUCAGGAAGACAGUGAAAAAAAUGCGAAACGCCUAUUUUCGGCGAAGGAAAUGAAGGAUAUUAAUAAAAGAAAUUACAAGAAAUUGCCUGAGGUUCAGCAGAAGUUGUCAGACAAUAGGGAAAAGAAGUUGCGUCAGGCUAGUCGCCUGAUGGCGGAUACGUUUAACAGGGCACACGAAGACCGAACUCAUGAAAAACGAAGCCUCAAAUGCGGGACCUUAGACGGGCGGCGACAGGAAACGCCGCAAAUGAGGAAGUCGAAUUAAGAAUUAUUAAAUCUGACAACGUGUGACAAGAAAACAGACUUUUUUUGGUGAUUUUCAUCCAUGCGGUAUAAAGCAGCCAGACCGAGGAGAUUUCAAAAACAUCACCUUCGGCGCAACUACUUAAUACCGGGUGGACAAGAGGCUUUCUUCUGGUGCGUUUCUUCAAGUAUUUAAUUUAUAUAGCGGGACGGGGUGGUUUAUCGGCUCCUCACUGCAUUUUAAUGAUUAUUCUAUUAUUAUUUGCGUUGGCAUUGCUUGUAUACUUAAAUAAACACGCUGCUGGAAUAAUUACUUGCACUGGUUAUCUCUUAUUGUUAUACUUACUAUAAAUAAAGAGUGAUUAUUGU